AUAAUAAUUAUUUUUAUAGCUUUAAACCAUCUUUGUAGAGACGAAAAAACAAAAUUAUUUUCCAUGGAUCUCAGCAAAUUUCCUGUACCUUGCUACACUUGAAUGACGUUGGUGAAGAGUUAUCGAUCUCAAAAAAACUAUAUAAACACUUGUAGCACGACGAUAAGCUCCGUCGGCGUUGCGUAUGUUAUUACCGUGAAUAUAAAAAUUAUCGACGUGGUGCUAAAAUAUAUUCUCGGGGGAACAACCGUUGAAAAAGUGUACCAAACGUACAAUGAUGGCAUACAACGCAGUGUACUCCGUGUUUUUCGCAUUUUGUGUUUGUGUUUUUAAGGUUUUUGCCUAUGAAGUAGACACAUACGACUUCUUAAUGCCCAAUGUUUGGCCACAUAAGGAUGAGCUGUAUCUGUGCACACCAAUAAGGAUCUCACCCUAUCAUGACUAUUACAUAGUUGGCUUCCAACCGAAUGCGACAAUGCAUACUGCUCAUCAUAUGCUGCUGUAUGGAUGUUCAGAACCUGGGUCCGACGAUCCUGUAUGGAGUUGCGGUGAAAUGCAGAGUAAUGAGAUUGACAAAAAGUAUAACACAGCCAACCCCUGCAAGUCUGGAUCACAGGUGGUGUACGCGUGGGCGCGGGAUGCCCCCAGCCUGCAGCUGCCGGCGGACGUGGGCUUCCUGGUGGGCCGCUCCUCCCCCGUCAAGUACCUGGUGCUGCAGGUCCACUACAUGGCGCGGUUCCCGGAAUACCAAACGGACAAUUCCGGGGUGAUCCUGCAAUACACUCAAGAAAGGAUGCCGCGUCAAGCGGGCGUGAUUCUCCUCGGCACGAGCGGGUACAUCGCGCCGCAACGUCUCGAGUAUAUGGAGACCGCCUGCAGGAUCGAGGAACAGAAGACCAUACAUCCCUUCGCGUUCAGGACGCACACUCAUAGCUUAGGCAAACAAGUCUCGGGCUACGUGGUCCGUCAGACCCCAACAGGCGAUAGCUGGCAACUACUCGGUACGAAGGACCCGCUCAAACCGCAGAUGUUCUACCCAGUGACCAACACGGACCCGGUGCACUAUAACGACGUGCUCGCCGCGCGAUGCGUCAUGAACAACACGCACGAUCAUGUUGUUAAGAUCGGAGCAACCAACAAGGAUGAGAUGUGCAACUUCUAUCUCAUGUACUGGGUGGAAAACGACACGCCUCUAGAACAGAAGUACUGCUUCUCCAUGGGCCCCCCCUACUACUACUGGAACAACGCACCAGAGAACUUCGAGCAUAUACCCGAUUCGAUUCUCGACGAGAAUAAAAUUAAUUAAAUUUAUGGUUGCGCAACCAGUAAUAUUAAUGCAAUUAUAUACAAAAUCAUAGUGAUAGUAAUGCAAUUUUAACCUUACAAUUUGAAUAUUAUGUUUUUAAGCUAUAGCUUUUGUCUCGGGCUUUGGACCGAAUCAAGAAAUUCCGUAACGAAAAUUAACCUAACACCCCCACUCCGACCGCCAUAGCGGUGCGGCGUUAAAGCCGUGCAUCGUCUAACGUCGUUUCAGUUUGACGGACUUCGGCACGGUGUUUGUGUGCGUGCGACUAGAAGUCUUUCGAAAUAUAAUUCCAUUAAUUGAUAAAAAUGCUAUGUUUAUAAUAAUGGAUGUUGCUAG